AAAGAUUUAGUUUAACCGUUUUCUGGAAAUGAGUAACCCGUCGGAGCGUCGUUACAGGGCGGAGCAAUUGAUAAUGAAUCUUGGUGAGAGUAGUAUUCGCGAAGAUGUUCUUAUUGAACUCAACAAUUUCAUCAUAGAGCAGUCAACUGAAGCAAUGCGCAUGGAUCUUGGAUUUCACUUGUGGAACUCUGAACUUACACUCACCAUACUUUUACAGGAAGUAGUAGCAGUGUACCCCAAGCUUUUAGACCCAACAUUAACUAUGGCGGAAUGUACUCGACUUUGUAAUGCUCUUAAUGUAAUUCAGGUGAAUAUACGUUUCGGUUCUGUUGUAUGGCUUCUCCACCCAGAUGCAAGAAUCGGGCUCCUCAAAGCAAACAUACCAUAUUUUCUUAAUCCAUUUCUCCGAAUCUCUGAAAAUGUGAUGAGGCCUCUGCGAUUUGUGACACUUAGCAUCUUGAAUCUUAUUUCUGCCCUAGCAAAGUUCGAUGAGUCAUAUGGGCAAGAAAUUCUUCUUUUAUUGCUAGACACACAAGUAGUUCCUUUAUGCAUGCACUGCAUCCUUCAUGGUGAUCAACUGAUACGGAAGGUUGCAACACUCAUACUUAUGAAAAUCUUGAUGCAAGAGAAAGGGCUAAAAUAUUGUUGUGCUCUCCCCGCUCGUUUUCUGUUAGUGAUACAAGUCCUGCGUCAACUGGUAGACACAUUUACUUCUGAAAUCCCUUGCUCACAGCAGCUAAAAUAUGUUGUUCAAUGCUACCUAAGUCUUUCGCGAGUAGCAUGGGUAGGCGGGGUAUAUGAUACAGUGAGAACCAAUAUUCCAAAACAGCUAAUUGACAACACUUUUGGCAUCAUUACUCGUGACGAUCCAGAGUUCCAAAUAUGCUGCAUCAGUUAGUGUUGAAUCUAACUCGUCAACCAUCACAAUAAUUGCUAGUAGAUACAGCUAGCAAAAGUGUUGGGAAGUAACUAGUAGAAAGAGCUACCAUAUAUAGAGAUUAAACUACAACAAUUUUGCAGCUUUACUAUGUAAUG